UUUGUUAAAGAGAGACAAAGGAGAGAGAAAGAAGUAAAGGAGAAGGGUCCCAUGUUCCCACCGCCCAUACGCACGCUGUCUCUUUUACCAAAACCGAACUCAUCAUCCCCAUCUCAACACUCCUCUAACUAGCCCCCCUUCACCCUCUAUCGACCUAACCCUAACCCAAAUACUACUAUAACCCAAACCCCCUUCACAAAAACUUUUAAUAAAAGUAUCUAAUUUCUCCAACUCACCCUUCUCUCUCUCUUCUUUCUUCUCUCUUCAUUUUCCCCCAAACCCUCACCAAAAGAAAAGGAAGAUCAGAAACUGAACAACAAACAAACCAAGGAUAAUUCUACACUUUGCUACAUGAGCUAAUUAUAGUGUUCAGAUAUGGUUGAUUCACCUCUUUCACCUGAAAAUUUGUUGGCUGACUUCACUUCUCCUUUCCUACUUUUUUCUAGUGAAGGUUAGGAACACCCAUUAAUUUGAUACUUCAGCUCUACCCUCUUAGCAAAUUUUCUUUUUUACUUCUAUUCAGUUGAGCUAGAAUUUGCAAGUUCCAAGAAAAUACUCAGUUCUAGUUCAAGAAGAAGAAGAAUAAGCUCCCAGAAAAGAUGGAUCAACUAACAGCUCAUGGCCGUCCUUUGCCACCUCCUUUUCACACAAGAGAUCUUCAGUUACAGAAUAAUCCUCACCAGUUCCAUCACAUACAACAACAACAACUACAACCCAAAACUGAAGACGAACAACAAAGCGGACACCGAAACCAGAAACGGGAUCGUGACGAUAACUUUAGCAUCUCAGCAGGUUUAAAUCCUGAAUCCGCCUCUAUGGACAGCAAAGGAAAUUCGGGAGAGGGUGGAGAAGUCACAAGAAGACCAAGAGGAAGACCAGCUGGUUCCAAAAACAAACCAAAACCACCCAUCAUAAUCACUCGCGAUAGCGCUAAUGCCCUUAGAUCUCACGUUAUGGAAAUCGCCAGCGGCUGUGAUAUCCAAGAAAGUAUCUCCACUUUCGCCACCAGGCGCCAACGAGGAGUUUGCAUAUUAAGUGGUAGUGGAACUGUCACAAACGUUACAAUAAGGCAGCCAGCGUCUCCGGGCGCGGUGGUAACUUUACAUGGAAGAUUCGAAAUUUUAUCUCUUUCUGGCUCUUACUUGCCACCGCCAGCCCCGCCAGCAGCGUCGGGACUGACGAUAUACUUGGCCGGAGGACAAGGCCAAGUAGUUGGCGGUAGCGUAGUCGGGCCGUUAAAUGCAUCGGGUCCAGUUGUGAUAAUGGCAGCUUCGUUUGGAAAUGCAGCAUAUGAAAGGCUUCCACUUGAAGACGAAGAAUCGCCGGUGGGGCAGCAGGGAAGUGGGGCUUUACCAAUAGUAAGUAACCAACAGCAGCAUCAACAGCAAAUUAUGGGUGGUAAUAGUGAUCCAAAUGCUAAUUUACUACAAGGGUUGCCACCAAAUCUUCUAAAUUCAUGUCAAUUACCAGCUGAGGCUUAUUGGGGAACAGCAGGUCGUCCUCCUUAUUGAUAAACAAUUUGGGAAACUUCAAAAACUAGUUGUCUUUUUUUAUCUUUUUUUUUUUUGGCAUUAAUCCUGGACAUGGUUUCCGAAUUCCAAUAUUAUUACUAGUACAGUAGUACUACUACAACUUCUUCUCCAUUACUUUUUGUUGAUCACCUUUACUUCUUCUAAAGUGUUAGUCGUGUUUGUGGAGUUAUUUAAUCUGUUUAAUUAGCUAGUAGUGAUCUUUACUUUUUGAUUGUUAGUGAGGUAUGUAAAAUUUCAAGAAUUCUUUGUGGAUUUUUUUCUUUCUCAUUUUUA